GAGUGGUGGGGGAUACCGAUACGAUAGAAAAACGAACAUCGACUCGUCACUGCAGCCAUUUUGUGGGUAACGAACAGGACAUUAAUAUUGUACACGAUACAGCUGUGUUAUUAAAGUGCGUAAUUUUAUCUCUGAUAAGCAGUCGGAUAUAAAAACAAAAUGCAGAUCUUUGUCAAGACAUUAACUGGUAAAACCAUCACUUUAGAAGUGGAACCCUCAGAUACAAUUGAGAAUGUAAAGGCAAAAAUUCAGGAUAAAGAAGGUAUUCCCCCAGAUCAACAACGUCUGAUCUUUGCUGGCAAACAACUAGAAGACGGACGCACCUUGUCUGAUUAUAACAUCCAAAAGGAAUCUACACUGCAUUUGGUACUGAGACUUCGAGGAGGAAUGCAGAUCUUUGUAAAAACUUUGACUGGUAAAACAAUUACAUUGGAGGUUGAACCUUCUGACACCAUUGAGAAUGUCAAAGCCAAAAUCCAGGAUAAGGAAGGUAUCCCCCCAGACCAACAACGUCUGAUCUUUGCUGGCAAACAACUUGAAGAUGGCAGGACCCUUUCAGACUACAAUAUCCAAAAGGAAUCCACCCUUCACUUGGUUCUUCGAUUGAGAGGAGGUAUGCAAAUAUUUGUCAAAACUUUGACAGGAAAGACGAUAACUUUGGAAGUUGAACCAUCUGACACAAUCGAAAAUGUGAAGGCUAAAAUUCAGGAUAAAGAAGGUAUUCCCCCAGACCAACAACGUCUUAUCUUUGCUGGCAAACAAUUGGAAGAUGGCAGGACCCUGUCGGACUACAAUAUCCAAAAGGAAUCCACCCUUCACUUGGUUCUUCGACUGAGAGGAGGUAUGCAAAUUUUCGUCAAAACAUUGACAGGAAAGACGAUAACUUUAGAAGUUGAACCAUCUGACACAAUCGAGAAUGUCAAGGCUAAAAUUCAAGACAAAGAAGGUAUUCCCCCAGACCAACAACGUCUUAUCUUUGCUGGCAAACAAUUGGAAGAUGGCAGGACCCUGUCAGACUACAAUAUCCAAAAGGAAUCCACCCUUCACUUGGUUCUUCGACUGAGAGGGGGUAUGCAAAUUUUCGUCAAAACAUUGACAGGAAAGACUAUAACUUUGGAAGUUGAACCAUCAGACACAAUCGAGAAUGUCAAGGCUAAAAUUCAGGAUAAAGAAGGUAUUCCCCCAGACCAACAACGUCUUAUCUUUGCUGGCAAACAAUUGGAAGAUGGCAGGACCCUGUCAGACUACAACAUCCAAAAGGAAUCCACCCUUCACUUGGUUCUUCGACUGAGAGGAGGUAUGCAAAUUUUCGUCAAAACAUUGACAGGAAAGACGAUAACUUUGGAAGUUGAACCAUCUGACACAAUCGAGAAUGUUAAGGCUAAAAUUCAAGACAAAGAAGGUAUUCCCCCAGACCAACAACGUCUUAUCUUUGCUGGCAAACAAUUGGAAGAUGGCAGGACCCUGUCCGACUACAACAUCCAAAAGGAAUCCACCCUUCACUUGGUUCUUCGACUGAGAGGAGGUAUGCAAAUUUUCGUCAAAACAUUGACAGGAAAGACGAUAACUUUGGAAGUUGAACCAUCUGACACAAUCGAGAAUGUCAAGGCUAAAAUUCAGGAUAAAGAAGGUAUUCCCCCAGACCAACAACGUCUUAUCUUUGCUGGCAAACAAUUGGAAGAUGGCAGGACCCUGUCUGACUACAACAUCCAAAAGGAAUCCACCCUUCACUUGGUUCUUCGACUGAGAGGAGGUAUGCAAAUAUUCGUCAAAACAUUGACAGGAAAAACAAUUACCUUGGAAGUUGAACCGUCUGACACAAUCGAAAAUGUAAAGGCAAAAAUUCAAGAUAAAGAAGGUAUCCCCCCAGAUCAACAACGUCUGAUCUUCGCUGGCAAACAAUUAGAAGACGGACGUACUCUGUCUGACUAUAACAUUCAAAAGGAAUCAACUUUGCAUCUUGUGCUUCGCCUAAGAGGUGGAAUGCAAAUUUUUGUGAAAACCCUCACAGGAAAGACGAUCACUUUGGAAGUGGAACCCUCUGAUACCAUUGAAAACGUAAAAGCGAAAAUCCAAGAUAAAGAAGGUAUUCCACCAGACCAACAACGUUUGAUUUUUGCUGGCAAACAAUUGGAAGAUGGACGUACUCUUUCAGACUACAAUAUACAAAAAGAAUCCACGUUGCAUUUGGUUUUACGCUUACGUGGAGGAUACUAAUUUACAAUUUCCUUUUAAGAUUGUUAUAUUUCAUAGAAAUUUUGAGUAAAUAAAUACUUACUGCAACUAGAAAA